AUCGCGAAGCCUGCGCCUCGCCCGCAUCCUCAGCACCCGGCCAGCAGUCGGGCCCUCGGCGGGGCGGUGUCUGCGGAAGCUCCCUGGGCCUGGCCAAAUCGCCCCGAGCCGCGCUGAGACCCGGGCACCAGCGGCGCGGAGAGGAGGUCGGAGCCGGGCCAUCGACCAGCCAUGGAGACCCGCUACAACCUGAAGAGUCCGGCUGUUAAACGUUUAAUGAAAGAAGCAGCAGAAUUGAAAGAUCCAACAGAUCAUUACCAUGCACAGCCUUUAGAGGAUAACCUUUUUGAAUGGCACUUCACAGUUAGAGGGCCCCCAGAUUCUGAUUUUGAUGGAGGAGUUUAUCAUGGACGAAUAGUACUCCCACCAGAGUAUCCCAUGAAACCACCAAGUAUUAUUCUUCUAACGGCUAAUGGACGAUUUGAAGUAGGCAAGAAAAUCUGUUUGAGCAUCUCAGGACAUCAUCCUGAAACUUGGCAGCCUUCAUGGAGUAUAAGAACAGCGUUAUUAGCCAUCAUUGGGUUUAUGCCAACGAAAGGAGAGGGAGCCAUAGGUUCUCUAGAUUACACACCUGAGGAAAGAAGAGCACUUGCCAAAAAAUCACAAGAUUUCUGUUGUGAGGGAUGUGGCUGCACCAUGAAGGAUGUCCUGUUGCCUUUAAAAUCUGGAAGCGAUUCAAGCAAGGCUGACCAAGAAGCCAAGGAGUUGGCUAGACAAAUCAGUUUUAAGGCAGAAGUCAAUUCAUCUGGAAAGACUAUUGCUGAAUCAGACUUAAACCACCCUUUUUCACUAAAUGAUUUACAAGACAACGUACCUACAACAUUCCAGGGUGCUGCAGCCAGUACAUCGAAUGCAGUCCAGAACCCCACGGGAGCAUCCCUUCAACAACCUGUCCAACCUGUAGCUAAGAAUACCUCCAUGAGUCCUCGACAGCGCAGGGCCCAGCAGCAGAGUCAGAGAAGGUCAUCUACUUCGCAAGAGGUAACCCAGGGCCAGCAGCCUAGAGACAACCACACGGAUCAUGGCGGAUCUGCUGUAUUGAUUGUCAUCUUGACUUUGGCAUUAGCAGCUCUUAUAUUCCGACGAAUAUAUCUGGCCAAUGAUCACCUUUAUAAGAAGAACUUUGACGUGACCAAAACCCAGAAAGGAAAACCUCGGCCACUUCUCAGAGUGGAGGACCACGAUUUCACCAUGAGGCCUGCCUUCGGAGGCCCUGCCAUUCCGGUGGGUGUGGACGUGCAGGUCGAGAGCCUGGACAGCAUCUCGGAGGUGGACAUGGACUUCACCAUGACCCUGUACCUGCGGCACUACUGGAAAGACGAGAGGCUGUCCUUCCCCAGCACCAGCAACAAGAGCAUGACCUUUGAUGGGCGGCUGAUAAAGAAGAUCUGGGUCCCCGACAUCUUCUUUGUUCACUCCAAAAGGUCAUUCACCCACGACACCACCACGGACAACGUCAUGCUGAGGGUGUUCCCGGAUGGGCACGUGCUAUACAGCAUGAGGAUUACGGUCACUGCCAUGUGCAACAUGGACUUCACCCACUUUCCCUUGGACUCCCAGACCUGUUCUUUGGAGCUGGAAAGCUAUGCAUAUACAGAUGAAGAUCUGAUGCUGUACUGGAAGAAUGGGGAUGAAUCCCUGAAAACAGAUGAAAAGGUCUCCCUGUCUCAGUUUCUAAUUCAGAAAUUCCACACCACUUCCAGACUGGCCUUCUACAGCAGCACUGGCUGGUACAAUCGUCUGUACAUUAACUUCACGUUGCGUCGUCACAUCUUCUUCUUCUUGCUCCAAACUUAUUUCCCUGCCACCCUGAUGGUCACACUGUCCUGGGUGUCCUUCUGGAUUGACCGCAGAGCUGUGCCCGCCAGAGUUUCACUGGGAAUCAACACGGUGCUGACCAUGUCCACCAUCAUCACGGGCGUGAACGCCUCCAUGCCCCGCGUCUCCUACAUCAAGGCCGUGGACAUCUACCUCUGGGUCAGCUUUGUGUUCGUGUUCCUCUCGGUGCUGGAGUACGCAGCUGUCAACUACCUGACCACGGUGCAGGAGUGGAAGGAGCGGAAGCUACAAGAGAAGUUCCCAUGUACGUGUGGAAUGCUUCACUCGAGAACCAUGAUGCUGAAUGGAAGCUACAGUGAUUCUGAGGCCAAUAGUUUGGCUGGGUACCCAAGAAGCCAUGUUCUGACAGAAGAAGAAAGGCAGGACAAAAUAGUGGUCCACCUGGCCUUGAGCAAUGAAUCUAAUUCCUCCAAGAAGAAGGCCCUUCCGAAGGGCCAGAUGGGUCUUUACAUCUUCCAGAACACCCAUGCCAUUGACAAAUACUCCAGGUUGAUAUUCCCUGCCUCCUACAUAGUUUUCAACCUAAUUUAUUGGUCAGUGUUUUCCUAG